AAACGCGCGCACACACACAGCAAAAUGCCAGGUGAACGUUUGACGGUCAGAGGCACGUCCGAGGUCGGGCGUUUCCCCGGUGCAGCCCCGCCCACCAGGGUGGAGCUGACCAUUCACAAAGAGGGGGAGAAGAAACAGGAAGAGGGGGGAUGUCGCCGGUGGUUCAGGAAAAUGUGUCCAUGCUGCUGUAAGCGCCAGAACAGCACCUCCUAUGAUGUCACAGACAAGGUGGAAGUGAUCAAGCCGCCGGCCCCAGAGCCUGUCAAGCCAAAGCCUGAGAAUGGAGACGCAAAGGAGAUGGAACUGGAAGACAUCAAGUUGUCCGUGCGUUCGGUGGACCUGCUGAGCUCCAAGACGGGUCCGAACAGAAAGGAGCACCACACGGACCUGUAUCAUGGCGACGAGCUGAUCAUCCGCAGAGGACAGACCUUCCAGAUGGAGCUGGAGCUCAACAGGCCCUUCAACGCUGCCACUGACAAGCUGCACCUGGACCUGAAAACAGGUUCCCUGCCCAUGGUGUCCAAAGGCACGCACGUCAUUAUUCCACUGGUGGAUCACCUGGAAGACGAACGCUGGGAGGCAAAAAUCGUCGAGGAGACGGGCAACAAGAUCAAACUGUCCGUCAACUCGCCCGCCAGCGCUGUGAUCGGCCUGUACGGACUGAGCGUGACCACUUCCUCUCUGAAGGGCCAGACCUCAACUACGCACAACUCGGACAACAACAUCGCCAUGCUCUUCAACCCAUGGUGUGAAGAGGACACAGUGUUCCUGGAUGAUGAUGAAGAGAGGGAGGAAUAUGUGCUGAACGACACAGGAAGGAUUUACUACGGCACAGAGAAACAAAUUGGUGCCCGUACGUGGAACUUUGGGCAGUUUCAUGAAGGAAUCCUAGAAGCAUGUCUGUUCAUCCUGGAGAGGAGUGACAUGGCUCCGUCUGGUCGAUGGGAUCCUGUCAAUGUGGUCAGAGUCUUAUCUGCCAUGAUAAAUGCUCAGGAUGACUCUGGGGUGCUGGUGGGUAACUGGAGUGGAAAAUACGCGGAUGGAGUCUCUCCGUCCGCGUGGAGCAGCAGCGUUGAGAUCCUGAGGAAAUACCACACCUCCAAUGGCAAACCUGUGUGUUAUGGACAGUGCUGGGUCUUUUCUGGGGUCACUACAACAGUGCUGCGCUGUCUGGGAAUACCUGCCCGCAGUGUGACCAACUUCCAGUCUGCUCAUGACACCGACGUGUCCCUCACCACGGACGUGUAUUUGGACGAGGACAUGGAGCCGAUCGAUCACCUCAAUAGUGACUCCAUCUGGAAUUUCCACGUGUGGAACGACUGUUGGAUGGCCAGACCAGACCUGCCUCCUGGCUACGGAGGCUGGCAGGCUGUUGACUCAACUCCACAGGAAACAAGCCAGGGCACCUUCCGCUGUGGCCCCGCCUCUGUCAAUGGCAUCCGCUCCGGCCAAGUCUACCUCAAACACGACACGCCUUUUGUCUUUGCUGAGGUCAACAGUGAUAAGAUCUACUGGCAGAGGAACCUGGAUGGCACUUACAGCCAGGUCCAUGUUGAGAAGAAAGCAGUCGGCCACUGCAUCAGCACCAAAGCAGUGGGCUCUGACGAGAGGGCAGAUAUCACACACCUGUACAAACACCAAGAAGGCUCAGAGGAGGAACGCAUUGCCGUGGAGACUGCCAGUCGCUAUGGUAGCAAGCCAGACGUCUACUCCACCGCCAUGGCAGAGGACGUGGGCGUGGAGGUGAAGAUGGAGGGCGAGGGGCCCAGGAUGGGCACUGACGCGAAGCUGAGCAUUGUGGUGAAGAACCUGAGUUCACAUCCUCGUCGGACAACACUGCACAGCCAGGUGGCUGUCAUGUACUACACUGGUGUGCUGAGGGGAACCAUCAAGAAGGAGCAGAUACCUGUGGAGCUUUUGCCCAAUGAAGAAAAGACCAUUGACUGGGUGUUGCCAUAUCAGCAGUACCAGAACCAGCUGGUGGAUCAGGCAGCGCUGAUGCUGACUCUGUCUGGAAGAGUCAGUGAGACCCAGCAAGUGUUAGCCAACCAGACCACUUUUAGGCUCCGCACGCCUGACCUCACUAUCACGCCUUUGGGAGAAGCUGUGGUUGGCAAGGAGAUGGCGGCAAAGAUCAUUUUCACCAACCCGAUGCCACGUACACUAAAGGAUGUGAUGUUCAGAGUGGAAGGCCUGGGUCUGCAGAAGGGCCAUGAAGUGGUUGUCGGUGACGUCGGAGGUCACGCCACGGUGACUUUGACGGAGCACUUCGUCCCCACCCAGCCUGGACCCAGGAAGCUGGUGGCCUCUCUUGAUUGUAAACAGCUCACUCAAGUGCACGGAGUGGCUGACAUCGUUGUUCUUGAACAAUAAGAAGGAGCCGGUGACAUCAAUCGUGCCUUUUUAAAAUUCAAACAAAGGCCUUUAAUUAUACGAAACUGUGCGUUUUAUACUGCAAACUCUGAAGUUUGACAUUUGUGAAACUAUGACUAGACACUUAACUGUAGCAUUAUCAGUAUUAUGUUGUUUUUUUUUACUUGAAUAAUAAUAAUAAUAAUGAUAUUAAUGAUUAAUAUGAAUAAUAUGAAUUCAUACUUGUGCCUUGCUUUAAAGUGCCAAACCUGUGGUGAAGAAGUAUGCAGCGGGGUUGAAGUGCAUGAAUUCAUUCACUGUUCUAGUUCUUAGACUGAUUUAAACUAGACACGCAUGUGAAGGUGCAGUCAGAUAAUCAGUAUUAUUGUGAUAAUAAAACAAAAGUGUGUGUGUGUGUGUGUGUUAUACAUGUAUCAAUAGCUAUAGGGUGAAAAACAAACAUGUGAGAAGUAUUUUCUGACAAAAUGAACAUCACAUGGCUUAAAUGAAGGAAGGGUGCAGUGAGAGGAAGUGGCAAGGAGACGGACGCUGUCAUAUUCCCACAUCAAAUGACGAUGUAGAUCAUUGAAACGUGCAAGGACGUGACUGAAGGGAUAUUUUACUCCUCAGAUAAAAAAUAAACAAAUAUAUAAAGCAUCAUUCAUGUUUGGAGAGCACACAAGUUAGCCCUCAUUAAACUGAAACAACGAAUGUUCCUCAUGGCUGAACUUGAUGAUGAAGAUGUUGCUCUGUUUGUCCCAAUCACUGUGUGUAUAAUUAGACUGUCAUCAUAUUUACCGAAUGAGCAAAUACCGUCCUAUAAGGAACCAUAUCACAACAGCUCUUGUCUGUCAGCACUUAAAAGUACAAUGUGAAGGAACUCUUUCAAUAACAUUACAUUUAUUUAUGUAUCACAUCUGUCAGGGCUGUUCCCUGGAACAUUUUGCUAAUAAAAACCUACACUGAAA